AUGGCUUCUCAAAUCUCCACAAAUGAUUCGUCGGAUUAUGAGUUUUUAAUGCAACGUUUGAAUAUUAGUGGUGGUGGUGGCUCAGCUAAUCAUCAUAUCCAGCAUGUUGGUGCCACUAAUAGUAUUCAAAGAUCCCAAAGACAAUUACAACAACAACAACUGCAGCAACCAUCCCACGAGGAUUAUCGCAUGUAUGAGCGGACCAAUAUCACGUCUGCGGCUGCUUCAAAGUAUGCCACACCUAAACAAAUUGAACAGUUGCACUUGCAACAACAAUAUUCCCCAAGAUUAGUUGGUGGUGGUCGCGAGGCUGGCACAAAUGGCAGCAACUCACCGGUUUAUGAAAAUCUGGAUUUUUAUCACAAUACCGGCGGUGUUAAUGCGACUAAACAUUUCGACAGCAUCAACAAACGAGCUCAACCCCAGAGCCCUGCUUCGCUCGGCCAAACUCAGGCAAUACAACGUGGUCAUUAUAUGAUAAUGCAACCACCACCACCAGGCAUGGGCUACAGUGGUGGCAGCAACUCAAUACGUUAUGCACACACCCCUGUACCCGAUCCCGAUGCAAAUCCCAUAUAUGAAAAUAUGCGGGUCAUACCCAAUUCGGGGCAAAGAGCUCAACCACAGGCCUCACCGGCCACAGCCACAAUAUAUCAACAUCAUAAUAUUGAUGCGGUUCUGUCAUCACCACAACAUCAUGCUGCCGCGGCCGCCGGUCGUUUACAACAACAAUCCCUAGAAUUGGCCGAGAAUCAAAGCAGUAAUCUGGGUGUUAAUACAUUGGAUUUGUUGGCAUCGCCAAUGCAUCGUCGCAGUACAUCAAAUUCAUCGUUGAAAACUAUUGCCCAAUCGACGGGACAGCCUGGCAUGUCGUCGGCAUGUGAACCAAAUUCACCAACAACACAACGUUAUCGUAAUCUCUCGUUGCCCAGUACUGCUAUAUCGCCUUCAAAAUCAUAUGCUAGCUCCACAUCGAAUUUGAGUGGUCCGAAUGAUUAUAAGUUGCAUCAACAUACACCAUUGAAGACAACGCAUCACACUGCCGGUAUUAAUGUCUCUGUUAAUCCAAAUUAUAUUGAAGAAAUCAAUAGUUCCGAUUAUGUUUGUAUGACAGCUAAUUUAAACAGUAGUCCACUGUUGAAAUCACAAAAGCCCAUAGCAUCAUCAUAUAAUACUCUUGAGAAGACGACAUCAAUUGGCGGUGCUAGUAGUUCUGGAACAAAAUCCAAUUUAACACAAGCCAAUGUUGAGAAUCGUCGAAUAUCACCAACCGGUGCAUCAUCUACAGUAGCAUCGGGAAGCAUCAAUGCCAAUAGUAAAUUAUUUACACCCAUACAGGCUAGUACUAGUAACAAUAGCAUUCCAGCUACAUCUCCAACACCAUCGGCCACUAGCAGCACUGGCUUAGCUAAAAAUCUUCUACCAUAUAGUGUAACACCACCACGUCCGGCUGGUCCGUCAGAAGCCCAACGUAAAAUUGAAGAAUUGACACGCCAACUUGAAGAGGAGAUUGAGCAAAGUGAAGAGCAGGGAGAAUAUUUUGGUAUUUGCCACACCUGCGGUGAAAAGGUAAAGGGUGCCGGUCAAGCUUGCCAAGCCAUGGGUAAUUUAUAUCAUACCAAUUGUUUUAUAUGCUGUUCAUGUGGUCGUGCCCUACGCGGCAAGGCAUUUUACAAUGUCCAUGGUCGUGUCUAUUGUGAAGAAGAUUAUAUGUAUUCUGGUUUUCAACAAACAGCCGAAAAAUGUGCAAUUUGUGGUCAUUUGAUAAUGGAAAUGAUAUUACAGGCAAUGGGUAAAUCAUAUCAUCCUGGUUGCUUCCGUUGUUGUAUUUGUAAUGAAUGCCUAGAUGGUGUACCAUUUACCGUCGAUGUCGAUCACAAAAUUUAUUGUGUCAAUGAUUAUCAUCGAAUGUUUGCACCAAAAUGUGCCAGCUGUGGCAAAGGCAUUACUCCGGUCGAGGGCACAGAUGAAACUGUACGCGUCGUCUCCAUGGAUAAAGAUUUUCAUGUCGAUUGUUAUAUUUGUGAAAUGUGUGGCAUGCAGUUAACCGAUGAACCGGACAAACGUUGCUAUCCCUUGGACAAUCGCCUUUUGUGUCGUUCCUGUCAUUUGCAAUGUUUAUCAUUGCAAUCCUCUUCUGGACAUUCUGGUCAGGAACCAGUAUGUGCAUCCUAUCAAUAUAUGGGUUAA